AUGAGUGAAAACGAAAAUAAACUAUUUGUUGCUGAGGAAGAGGAAGAUGUUGUACUAGAAGGAAAUGCUGUUCAGGAAGUCGAAAUUGAGGACAUUAGAAUGAUUGAUGAAGACGACGAUGAAGUCAACUCGGAUGUUUGUGAUCUAGAUCCGAUAGUUAAGGAAAUACCUUUGAAUUUCGGGGGUAAGGAUGAGAAUCUGCAUAUAUUUCAAUACAUAAACAAACUAAGGUUAGUAAAUCACAAGCCUAGUGAACAUCCACCAAUAUCAGCAGCCAGAUACAAGACUAAAUCAGCGUUAUGGGAAAUUGAUGUUCCACUUGAUUCGAAAGCAUUUUUCAACGAAGAUAAGGCUAAGGAGAAUUGGAAUGGUGUUGAGGUCCAAACGUUAAAGGGUGUUGGUGUAGAUAACACCAGUCAAUAUGCUGCGUUUAUGGAAGACAACCAGGCUUAUUUAGUACCUGUUAAAACAACAACACAAUUAAAACCAUUCUUCAAGUAUAUAGAUGCUGUAAACCUGAAAAAGAAGCAGGAAGAAUCAAAAUUAAAUGCGACACCAGCCUCUCAGAGAGCUCAAGUGGUUACGAUGUCUGUAAAGAGUGUUAAUGAUGCUUCACAAAAUAGAUUAACAGGAUCCCUGCUAGCUCAUAAAGUAGCAGAUGAAGAAAUCCAAACGGAUCUUAACUGGGCAGAGAACACAGUCAGUCAAUUUAGAGAAUCUGUUAUAAAGGAAUCUUCUGAAAGUACCGUGAAACCAGUCGAAAGUCACGAAGAAUAUAUAAAUCAUCUGAUAUAA